CUGUAAUCAAACGCGGCAGCUCCAAUGAACAAAUGACUCGCACGCCUUUAAACUGGCCUCGCCGAAAUGUCACCCGACAGCCGUUAACUAUCGCGGGCAGUAAACCGGACUGCCCGCUCACCACGCCCUGUGCGGUCACACCUGCGAUGGCGGUGCGCAGCAUCUUUCCGUCUACCUGUUCGGCCGCACCCACCCGCAGACAGCAGGCUAUAAAGUCCAUCCUCCGGGGCUGCCUCAGCACCAGCUGCCCCGCGCAACUCCAGCUUCCACCGAACAGCGCGCCCGAGCCACGACAGAGAGCAACCAUGUCCCUGCGGCGCACCGGAUUAUCCACCUGGUCCCAGUACUCGGCUCCCAAUAUGACGAGCUCCCGGCGGGCCACGAGCGUCCACGGCGGCUCGGGCGGCCGGAACGUCCGGGUGUCGUACGCCUCCAACGGCAUCGGCUCCGGCUCCGGCUACGACUUCGGAGGCGCCGCGGACUACGGCGGCGGUUUCGCCGUCGCCGGCAGCGAGAAGCAGAACAUGCAGAACCUCAACGACCGCCUGGCCACCUACCUGGACAAAGUGCGCGUGCUGGAGAGCACCAACGCGCAGCUGGAGCGCCAGAUCCGCGAGUGGUACAGCAAGCAGGCCCCCGCCGUCAAGGACUACAGCAGGUACCAGGCGAUCAUCGACGACCUGCGCCAGAAGAUAAGUGUUGCCACACAGGACAAUGCCAGGCUGAUGCUGCAGAUUGACAAUGCCAGACUGGCAGCUGAGGACUUCAGAAUGAAGUUUGAGAAUGAGCUGGCGAUGCGCAUGUCGGUGGAGACGGACAUCGCUGGACUGCGCAAGGUUCUGGAUGAACUGACCAUGGCCCGGUCCGACCUGGAGAUGCAGAUAGAGGGCCUGAAGGAGGAGCUGGUCUACUUGAAGAAGAACCAUGCAGAGGAGCUUGCAGCCAUGCGCGGCCAAAUUAACUCCAGCUCUGUGAACGUAGAGGUGGACGGCGGGCCCCAGGAGGACCUGUCCAGGAUUAUGGAAGAGAUCAGAAGUCAGUAUGAGGGCAUCACUGAGAAGAACCGCCGCGAAAUGGAGGCCUGGUACAAGGUCAAGUUUGAAGAGCUGAACAAGCAGGUGUCAACCAGCUCAGAGUCCCUCCAGACCUCCCGCACCGAGAUCAACGAGCUCAAGCGGACCCUGCAGUCCCUGCAGAUUGAGCUGCAGUCCCAGCUCAGCCUGAAAUCUGCCUUGGAAGGCACACUGGCCGAGACGGAGUCCAGCUACAGUCUGCAGCUCAGCCAUCUCCAGACCACGGUCAACUCCCUGGAGAAUGAGCUCAGCCGGAUGAGGAUGGACAUCGAGAGGCAGUCCUCGGACUACCAGAUCCUUCUCGACAUCAAAACCAGGCUGGAGAUGGAGAUUGCUGAGUACAGAAGGCUGUUGGAUGGAGAAGAUUCAAACAAAUCUACCGUCAUGACUGUACACAAGACAGAGAUCAAAGAGGUCAAAGAGGUCAAACCUCAACCAGUCGUUACCCAGAGGAGGAGGGUGGUGAUUCAGGAGCUCGUUGAUGGAAGAGUGGUGUCCACCACCAGCUCAGAAGAUAUCCUCAAAUAGAAGACAGGCUAAAUAAUCGAUCUACAAAUAAAUGAAUAGGUCUUCCUCUACCCUGAUGUGUACUAAAAUGAACCAGGAAAAGAGAUUGCUAUUGCUUUCCCAGGUCUGAAAUCCAUUCCUUAUUCCAUCAUAUUCCCUAAUCCAUAUAUUUAUGCAGGUGGUUAUUGUCAGAAAGUAUUUAUUUUGAUUGCCAAAAAAAAAGUAAAAGUAAAAGAUGAUAAACUGUCUGACUAAAUUAAAUCACCCCAUUUAUCCAAAACCAACUUAAAACCCCAAUACUGAUUGCCCCUACCUGCCUCCUGAAAUACCAGCUGUGUACACUAGAUGACACUGUGAGCCUUGAAAUGGAAAGGAAACGCAUUGAGAACUCCAAUCUCCGAACAAUGCAUUGAAUCAAUACAUACAGUGGUAAAAUAAAUGAUAUGCCCUAUCUAGUUUGGGUGGGGGUUGGUUUGACAGGUUUUUGCCUUAGAAAAUAUUUGUGUAUUUUAUGAUGGUGAUGUUUUUCUCAUGAAAUGAGAUGUUAAAGCUUUUACAUGUAGAAUUUUUAUGUGGAAAUAUAGUCAAAUUCAAUCUUAAGCACCAUAAACAAAGCAGACCAUUGUCAAUAUGUCACUAGUUUAAGUUCUUUAGACUACAUUUCCCAUAAACAUCUUUGUGUCUGGUUGUAAAAGGGCUCUUUGCCAACUUUGGGUUUUUAACUUUCAAGAGAAUGAAAAUUUGCCUUCAA